GCUAGUUUCGACAACUCCUGAAGCGUAAUCGUCUUUUUUGGGUCGAUUCCGUAUUCUAUUGCCCAAUCUUUUUUGCCACAGUCGUUUGGAAACGAUUCAAUCUUUUGAUUUCCUGAGUUAUGUGAAUGAAGCCAGUGAGUUGUCCUCGGAUUUUGCCAUGGCCGUUGCGGAGUCUACGGGAGAGAUUGUGAUGUCGGCGAUUAACAAUGCCGGUGGAGAUUUGGGGGUUUUUCUGUUGCAGAAUUUUCAUCCAAUUCUUCUUUCUAAUGCAAGCAGAUUAGUGUCCACUCUUCUAGAUCGAUUUGAAAUUUCGGUUCCUAGUUCACCGAGGGAGCUAGUAUUGAUAACACCUGAAGCGUCAUCGCCUCAGUGUUCGCCACUCGGCGCAAACCAUUAUCAAUCAAAUGAGAGAAACAGUCCAGGAAACGAGGUCAGCAAUGCCUCUGGUUCUUCUAGCGGUGACCCUUCAAGGGUUACAGAUGAGGCGACCAGUGCAUUGUGGUCGAAAGGAUUGGUGAUGAAAGGGGGCAGCCUUGCGUGGAAGAGCAAUGUGUAUAUAUUUGGGGCUGAUGUUGGGUUCAAUGAUGAAGGACGAGGCGGGCCAUCGCAAUUCGCAAAGGAGCAACUCCAAUCACUGUUGGCUUUCCUAAAGAUAUGGAAGCGUGACUGGACGGAACUGGGGCAGUUACUGAAAGUUAGAAUCAAUACAGAGCUGUCGGUUUACCAAGCUGCAGCGGGGUUACAAAUCAAGAGUCUUUCAUCUGUUGAUUUGAAUGGGAAGUCAUCGAAGAGGUUGUGCAUUGUUGAUAGAAGCUGUUGAAGCAUGUUUAUUCUGUGUCUGGCAAAAGUUGAGAAUUUGUGAUGAGCUCUUCAGCUCAUUGCUUGUUGGGAUUUCCUAAAUUGCUCUCACUCGAUGUGGUCAGCUGCUGCAUGUCUUGCUCAUUCGCUUCCAACCCCUCGUGAUAAGUACUGUGCUCGGACAGGCAGAGACUUGGGGCAGAUUUUCUAGGACCUCUACUUCUUGCUGUGGCUGAAAUAUGUUCAGAUUUUGAUCCUACUGUA